AUGAUUAUGGCGACAUCGAAUAAAAAAUCAUCAACGUCACAUGACGCUAGCACCGAUACUGAUGACGAUAUACAAUAUGACUCUGAUUCACCGAAAGGUCAAGUCAAUAAUAACAAUGAAAUCUCGUCGACAACAAAUGUGUCUUCGAAACAUCGAGGAACAAAGCGACUAAACAACAAAAUGAAACCAUGCCUUGUACAUAGAACGUCGACAAGUGAUGAAGAACUACAGAAUCAUCUAAUCGCACGAAUCAAUGAACAGCCACCGCCGCCGCAUGGCAUUCUCAAAGUGCCCAGUGGUUCUACAAGUCCAGAACUACAAAUGCCUGAAGAACCGAACAGGCCUCCUAAAAUGCGUGCAAAAUCCAAAUCAGUUUCUCCUACACCGCCGCGUGAUACAUCAUCUGUGAUUGUUGCUGCUGCAGCUGCUGCUGCUCCUCCUGUCGCUCAUCACCAUCAUCAUUACUAUCAUCAUCAUCAAUCUCGUACUCGACACAAACAUGUGCAAUCAACUAAUGUUACCGUCGAUAUUCGUCAAAAUGAGGACAAUCGCUCGACAUCCAAUCGAACAGCAUCGAACAAAAAAAUUCAAGAACAAACCAUUGUGUCAUCGACGACAACCUCAGCAGCAAAUUCCGACCGAGUAACGUUGGUCGUGGAUGAAACAAGAUUUGUUAUCGAUCCACAACUGUUUCGUGCACAUCCGAACACAAUGCUUGGAAGAAUGUUUAGCUCUUCGUGGGAAACAUCACUUGUUCCCAAUGAACGAGGAGAAUACGACGUCGCCCAUGGAAUAUCUGCCACUAUAUUUCGUGCUUUAUUAGACUUCUAUAGUAUCGGAACGAUACGUUGUCCACCCUCAGUUAGUAUUCAAGAUCUUCGUGAAGCGUGUGAUUAUUUUCUUAUCCCAUUCGAUCAACUGACCAUUCAGUGUCAAGAUCUCUGUGGUUUACUACAUGAAUUGUCUAACGAUGGUGCCAAAAAGCAAUUUGAAAUAUUUCUCGAGAAAAAUAUUUAUCCUGUCUUAGUUGAAUCUGCUCAACGUGGUGAUCGUGAGUGUCAAAUCGUGAUUCUAUGUGAUGAUGACUUAAUUGAAUGGGAUGAUGAUUACCCUCCUCAGCUCGGCCAAGAAGAGGACAAAGCUCAAAUUAUCCGUUCGACAUCGAUGUAUCGAUUUUUCAAGUACAUUGAAAAUCGUGAAGUGGCGAAAUUGGUGCUGAAAGAUCGAGGAUUGAAAAAAAUUCGAAUGGGUAUUGAAGGUUAUCCGACUCAUAAAGAAAAAGUUCGUUGUCGCCCACGAGCUCGACCUGAAGCUAUCUAUAGUUACAUUCAACGACCAUUUCUUCGCAUGUCAUGGGAAAAGGAAGAAGCCAAAUCUCGUCACGUUGAUUUUCAAUGUGUUCGUAGUCGUUCAGUGAACAGUUUAUUUGAUUCAAAUGAUGAUAAUUCGAAUUCAAACAAUGCUUUUAUUUUACCAUUUCUUGAAGCCGCUCAAAAUCAAGUAAUUCCACCGCCACCAUCGUCUCGAGAACUUUUUCCUGCUCUCCCACCAUUUCCUUCCUCUGGACUUACUGGUGAUCCAUCUCAUACUGAUUGA